AUGAAGCAGUCUACCUCUGAACCCCUCAGCAAGCUUUCAGGGGACGCUCACUCAAUUGCCGUCAACCUCGAGUCUAUCUACCAAACCACCGCUUCGCCCGAGACGAAGCAAAUCAUCGCUUGCCUCGUGCACCUUGACACCGCCAUCACCCGUCAGACCCAUCUCAACAACCUCCAUGAAGCUCACACUGCCAAGAACUUCCGUGAGCAGCGUCACGUCAAUAAGGAUCGCAGACUUCGCUUGUUGGAGACUAUCCAGAACGUCAACAGGAAGUUCGCAAGGUUUGAUGCUGAGCGCAUGGAAACUGAGAAACUGGCAAAGCAGUGUGAGAUCCGUGUCAACAGUCAUGAUGUGCAGCUGAAGCACGUCAAGGACAGGGUUGAGAUGUGUGCUGAGGGUGGUGAAUGGAUGGAGGCUGAGCUUGCUAAGGUUACUGAACGCUUUGAGCAAGGGAACAAGGAGCUCAAGAAGCAGAACAAGUACCUGAAGAGCAAGGUCAGGGGCUUGGAGGAGCAGGUUGAAGUUCUCAAGGAGAGAGACGGGGCUUGGGAGAGAAGAGUAACUGCCCUGGAGGAGUACGUCAAGAGCAAGAAGGAGAGUGACUGGAUCGAGGUCUCCGUUGGAAAGGAUCCUGUGUUUGAUGCUGUCAGAUUCUCUGUUGGCAACUAUCGCGUCUUCUCGAUCUUCCAUUGA